AGAAGCCCCCGGCCCCGAGGGCAGGUACCGGCGACGCCCGGACCGUUCGAGAGACGCCGAGCCCUUCCUCGCCGGCGGCUCUCCCUCCGCCCCGGCUCCCCGGGCAGGAAAGGGACAGCGCUUCCGGGUCGGGACCCGUGCGCAGCGGGGCCCGGGCCGGCUCGGGAUAUGGAUAACGGGAAGGAUGAAAAAAGUCGGACGCUCUGUGCCACUUCGCAAGAAGAGCUGAAAGUUCGAGGGAAAGAAAAAAGGAAACGAAAACGUAGCAGAAGCAGAUCGUCAUCCAUUUCAUCCACAUCAUCUUCUAGCACUACGUCUACUUCUUCCUCCUCAUCAUGCUCAUCAUCAAGGUCGUCUUCUUCAAGUAGCAGAGAUUCUCAUAAGUCUAAAUCAAAGAAAAAGAAAAAAGAAAAGCACAACAAAAAGAAAAGGAAAAAAGAAAAUAAAAUGAAGAAAAAGAAAGAAAAGAAGAAAAAGAAAGAGAAAGCAGGACCUGUCCAGCUUUCUAAGUUCUUUAAAAACAAAAAGAAGAAUGAAAACUACAGCAUGAUAACUGGAAAGAAAAUUAAAAUGAGAAUAAAGAAAACUAAGAAGGAUAAAGAGAGAGACCGGAACCGCGCAGAACUCCUUGAAUUCCUGAACUCUGCCUUAUAAUGGGAAGAGUGCUGACCAAGGACUUGUAAAUACACCAAGCCAGUGAUCAUCAUGCCUAGCAGAACUCUAAAGGGAAACUCAGGGAAAGGGAUGCCAAGUUUGACAAGACCAGACUCUCCUGCUGAGAAGACAAUCGGGAUGUCCUUUCUUAAUGGCAAAAAUCAAGAGUAACUGAUAACUUGUAAAUGAAGAUCCAUGUCCUCCUUUUGAGAUCCUAAGGUAAUAGCCAGGCUGUGAUGUUACAGAAGAUCCUAAGAGUGUGUCAGUGACAGUGAUGUGAAAUGACACACUGAAGUCCAGCAAUGUAAUGUAUUCUAACUGCAUGCAGAACAUGCUCUGAAUUUCAAAUGUCUUAAUGUUUCUAGUAGUUCAAGCAGAGUAUUUGCAAAUGUGUAUUUGAAAGAUGAGGCAUUUCUAUACGUAUAUUUUUUCCAGUAGUGGUUUUACUUGUCCUAAAGAGCAAGUUGACCUUUGUAAAUAGAACAUGCUUUUACAUAAAUGAUUUUUUUGACAUCUUAUUCACUAAUAUAUUAUUUUCUUUCAGAA